CGAUAAAUACCAAGACAAAUUUAAAUUUGCAUGAAUUUAUGUUUACAUCGUCCCGAAGACUUUGAGUCAUAGUGACAAAACGUUACGACGAUGCGCACCACUACGUUUUGUAAUUCUCUAAACGUAGUGGUACGCGUAGUCUAUAUGUUUCACUUUUUUGCUUCGAGACGAGACGAAAUCGGCGUAAAUACACGAUUCAAGAAAAUUUCCCUAUCCUGGGUUCAUUUCUGUUGUCUAAUCUGGGCUCAUUUCUGUAGAGGACCAUUUUUCCUGAGAGGAAAAGAAAACCUCUCUUUUUCAGCUUGGAAUCACCCUCUUCCUUGAGGAAUCCUUGUUUUCUCUGCCUUCGCUUGUUGGUUGAAUAUUCAAGUUCUCAUAAAUACAGUGACAUAUGAGAGCUGUCUGUAACCGUGAUGAAACCGGUAUUACAGUAGAACCUCGAUUAUCCGUCCUCCCAUUAUCCGUCACCUCCGUUAACCGUCACACCUUUUCAAGGUGGAAAAGUUUUUUUUCCAGUUCAUUUUUCAGUUUAGCAACAUACGAAUAAAGUUGCCAACUAACUUUCAUAAUCAAAAUCAAUUGUGUGCCCCUUGUACAUUCGUACAAUAAGAUUUGAAAUCAGAGGCUUUGCGUUUUCGGUACACUUCUCGUAUAUACAAGAUUGUCCAAUAUUUUGGACAAUGCACCAAAUCUGUUCUCAUAUCUAUUGUAUAUUUUUUACAUCACCUUGUUUUUCAUCAUAAACUAAUUAGAAAGUAUGGAAAUUUGGAUUAUUUUGUUCUAUUUAUAUGAAAGUCUCGAUUGUCUGUCUUUUUCGAUGAUCCGUCAAUGCGCUGGUCCGGUGCCUGACGGAUAAUCGAGGUUCUACUGUAAAAUGAUGAAAGUGUUGUAUGGUAUAAAUUAUGAAAACCAAAAUCCCAAAAGAGAAGUUUGACACUGGUCAGUCGGCAAUUUUGCAUGAUAGAAAAAAUCGACUAUUUCACAUCCGUUACAUCUCCCUUUUGAGUUUUUUUUUCAUUCAAUUCGAACAGAGAAAAAACUUUGAACAAUUCUUUGUUUCGGGAGCCUGGCGAUGUGUUGUUUUGAGAUUUGAGUCUAUGAUACAGGCCAAUCAGUGUCUAUAAGACAACGUCUAUGCUACUGUUCAGGAUUUGUUAUGCCAGUUUAAAAAUAGAUGGACUAGUUUUUGGAAGGAAUUGAGAGCAUAGUCCGUCAAGCGAUUUUGCCUCUGAACAAAUCAUUCCGACCUAUUUCGAUGAACGAAUGAUGAAUGACUGCGUUUUACGCACCUUUUUUUAUAUUGAAUCAUUGAGUCAUAGUUUUCACAGCUGUUUAGCACAUUUUUUCAUUUGAUCUGCGCUUUUCUCCACUCUUGUUGGGCUUUCUACGAUUUUCACUUCUUUUUAUUCGUUUUAUGAUUGUUUUUUUUUUCUCUCUCUCUCUCUUCCUCACAUUCUUACUACUUUUCCUGUUUUUUCCGAGUUCGCAAUGAGAGAAUCUCUCAUGAUGAGAAUCUCAUCUAUCCUUUUCUAAUCAUUCUCUAUUCCUUUUUAUAAUCUCGAUUAUUCUUUAAAUUGUUUGUCUCAAAACGGUUUCCGCUUGUUUUCAAAAUAAACUUCUAUCCUAUUCUUCAUAGCGUUGCUAUGAAUGAUCCUUUAAUUCGAAAUUCGAAUUGCCACAGAAUGGAAAUUAAUGUCUCUAAAAGUUGAUACAAAAAAGUCAUUUCUUCAUUUGUUGUUGUGCAUAAUGCGAACCAUUUUGUUGCUAAUUAGAACACGGUGCAAUGCGUCUCGCAAUCUUAUCAAUGCAAUAGUUUUUCUAAGUUAUUCUAGAUUUCUUCAUUGCUUGCAUGUGAUUUCAAUCAGAAUACGCACAUGGAAGUGCACUUGUUUAAUUUGCGCUUUGACACGAAAUCAAUGCAAAAUUUUCUGUCUGUUACGGUGGUUGUUUUUAUUGUUGUAUUUGGCUCGGGUAAAAAUUGAUUGGGUUCUUGACGAGAAAAUGUGAAUGAGUGAUGUGUGAUUAGAAAGCAAUUAUUGCUAUUGACUUCGAAAUGAGGAGCGGGCGCGCGCGCGCGCGAUAAGACGCAUAAUCAAAUCAAUUUAGGCGGAUUUGUAUGUGUGUGCGUGUGUGACUUCGGAACACCAAAAAUAGCCACCGCGGUAAUAUUUGGUCGGCGAUUAUCUCUCUCGCUCUCUCUCUCUCUCUCUCUCUCGCCCAAUGAUCCGAUUACAGUAUGUGUGAUAAACAGCAAAAUUACUGUGUCGCGAGCUGUUGAUCUGGGACUGCAAUUCAUACGGACGCGGCGCGGUUGUAAACGACCGAACUUGAACCACAUUUUUCUCUCCAUUCAAAAUUGAUUAUAAAUAUUGAGCAUCUUACACUUUGAUACUUGCUCAAUACAUUUUUUGGUUGUGAAGCUGAAUCGCUAUGCUACAGUCUAGCCACAUACUUGCGUUUCAAUCGCAUGUGUUCUGCUUGUUUUUUUUGUUUUUGUUCAUCGGCGGGUUAUCGCCAAAUUUGGCGAAUGUUUUCGAAAUGCAUUUUGACGUGAACAGCGAUAUUUCACACAAGAAUGUUUCGUGUUCGGAUGCGAAGAACACGAACAAAAAAGACCACCGCUUCGAUUACUUUUCAAGCCGGGGUCAAAAUUCGGGGGAGAUUCUUCCCAUCUGCUGACCAUGACAAAUGCGAUGAUAAACGCUUUCUUUUUCAUGUGCAAUGAACUUGAAAUUAACGCGAGGAAUAGACGAAUGUAAUCACAACCACCAUUUGAAGACUUUCAUUUUUUUUUCUCAGAAAAACGCGUUAGCGCGCUUAAAUCAAAACGGUAAAAAAAGCGACAUUCAAAUUCUAUUCAAGGUCAAUAAUAAUAGCAAGAACCACGAAAAAGAUGUAAAAAAUUAUGAACUCACCAAAAACGGAACGAAAUGGCUGUAACGCACUCCAAAUGAAUGAAAUCAAAGAGUGUAACAAAACAAAACUCCAACUUUUGCGUACGUUUAUGUGGUAACUAAACAUAAAUGCGCAAAACUUGUAAAUAAAAGAGAAAAGAAUUGAUGAGAAUUGAGAAUGAAAAACACCGAUUUUUUUUUCAUUCAUAUGCAUAGCAUCAUGUCGAAUGUCCGAAAUAUUGAUUAGAUGUUGGGUUUCAUUUUACAAAUUUCCGUCCAUUGAACCACAUGAUGUAGCGUUGUAUUUGGAUGAGUUACAAAUAGACUAGAAGUCGCUUAAAAAUGGCAUAUCUUGGUUGUCUUCAAAUAGCCGUCAACUCAUUGACCGUUUAAGAGUUGUUUGCAUUUUCGUUCUUGCGUAAAUCCAUCAUAUAUACUCUCAAUUUGCUAGCAGCUCAUGUGUGCGCACAUUUGAUUGCGAGACAUAAAAAAAGGAAUGUGUAAAAAUUGUGUUCCCUACUGAUACGGUAUAGAAUAAUCUCUCAUGUUUCGGAACAACUAACACGGGCCGAUACAAAGCAUCGUACUCUUUCGGAUCGUACGUUGUCGUCGUUCACCGUCAACAAUCGUCCUGCUCGCUCGCAUUUGUUUUCCGAUCGCAGUUUUGACCAGAACAGAACAACAACGAAAGAAGUGAUGCUACACAAAAAUCCGGACGAGCAAAUGUGUAGCGAAUAACAGAAUGAAACGAAACGAAAAAAAAAAUUGUGUACUGACAACAACACGAUGGGGCAAAAAAAUUCAUAUUGCUUCACACAUUUUACAACACACAGCGGCACUUUGGCGCGAUAAACUUUUCAAAAGACAUCGCUCAAUUCGAGGUUAGCAAAACGGCCUGAACGAUGUGAAAACGGGGCGCGCUGCCGUUUCGAAAUAUGCAAACGUUUAGUUGAUCAUUACCGUCGUCUCGAACGUACAAACAAAACGCACGCGCCUCAGCCAUGUCAAACAAAAUUGGCAAAUUGUGAAUCGAUCUAGAAGGACUUUUGACUACUGUUUCAUUUUGAGCUUGUUUCGUCAGUCGGUUAAGAAUUUUUUUUUCUGCAUCGAUCCUUUAGACGUUUUGUCCAAUUGGUUUAGAUAUUUGAGCGUUACGAAUAGUCCAUAGUGUUAUUUUCAAGUGUAACAUCCGUGUUUUGUUUGUGUCAACAAUUUUAGUCCGUGUUUUGUUUGUGAACAAUUUUAGUCCGUGUGUGUGUGUGUGUGUGUGUAUGUCCACCUCAACAAUAUUUAAAUACAUUCCAACCACACAACGAAAGCAAUAAGGACCGAUAAUCUCGAAAAUGUCUGCAAAUAAUUUUGGUGAUGACAGUGAAGUCACAAAUUCAUCGCAGCAAAGUUACGAAUUGUGCGGUGACAAUAAUUACAGUGAAAAUGAUGAUGUGAACACGGAAAGUGAUACAAAAUCGGCGCACAGCAGCUAUUCAAAUGCCACAUAUAGUGCCACAUACAGUGGCAAUGAUGUAGUCAUCAAUCAAAUUGACAAUGAGCAUUUUACUGACCAUAAUAUUGAUGAUAACAGCAUUAGAAAGCCGCGUCCAUUGCGAAAGACAUGCUGCACUAUCAUCACAUUAUUGAUUGGGUUAUUACUUUUCGCCUGGGGCCUUGUCACAUUGGCCGUACCAAUUUAUGAUUUUGUGCUGGUUCAACGACUGAGAAUGCAGCCAGGACUACCGCCUUAUGAAGAAUGGGUUAUCCCAACGCCUGAGGUACGGUUAAGCGUUUACAUUUUUUCCGUUGAAAAUCCAGACACUUUUUUGGAUGGCACCGAUGAAAAACUUCGCCUCAUCGAAAUCGGACCCAUUGUCUAUCGUGAAAUUCUUCAUCAUGAAAAUGUUAAAUUCCAUGAAAAUUCCACGCUGUCAUACUCGGCCAAUCGAUGGGUCGAAUUUCUUGAGGAUCAAAAUGAACCCGGCAUCCUUCAACGCGUCAUUCUGGUGCCGAAUUUUGUACUUUUGGCGACUGCUGCAUCUCUCAAUGAAAACUGGAUCAAGAAAUUGGGUUUCAACUCGAUGCUGGGUGAUGAAGAUACAGUAUUCUUGAAUAUGACCGUUUUCGAUUAUUUGUGGUUCUAUCGAAGCAGUGUAAUACAACGCGUUCAAAAUAUUGCAUCAUUUUUAGUACCGACCAACAACAGUGGAUGCUUGCAUCAGAUUUAUGCUGAUUUCAAUGAUCGUUACAACGUUCGAAUUGGUCCGGGAUACGGAGCCAAGGACUUCUUUGAGAUAACAUCUGUGAAUGGAAAAACGGUUGUUCCCGGUUUCGAUGUGGCUCACGGUGAAUGUAAUGCUUCGAUUAUCGGUUCAACGGAGGGAGCAUUGUACAGAAAUCACUUGACUGAGGACUCAGUGCUUUGGUAUUGGCGUAAACCACUUUGUCGAAAAGUGCCGCUGUACUUCGAAAAAAAAGUGCAAAAAGGACCAUUUGAAGCGUACAGAUAUAUCUUACGUGAAGAUGUGUACGAUCGUUUUGAAAACGAAACCUUAGACUGCUAUAAAGGUUCCUUCCAACUGCUUCCCGAUGGAUUGAGCGACGUUUCCAAAUGCUUUUUCGAUAUGCCCUUUGCUGCGUCAAAUCCACACUUCUAUGGCCGAUAUCCGAAUGCGUUGACAAAUAAAUUAGAAGGUUUCAAACCGAUUCGGGAGCGCCAUCAAAGUUUUAUCAUCGUGGAACCGAUUAUGGGAGUGCCGAUCGAUCAGAGUGCACGCUCUCAAAGCAAUGUCAUCAUUCCAGAUUUGUACGGAUUCAACGAUAAAAUUCAACGUUUCAGCAAUAUGGCACUUCCGACAUUCUGGGUGGAAUAUCAUCAGCGUCAACUGACGCAAAGCAUUGAGAAUUUAUUGUAUUUCACGUUAUUCGUGUUGCCAGUGUUACAGUACGUGAUAACGGCCGUUUUGCUUCUGGUCGGGGUCAUGUGUUUGACCAUUGGAGUAUUGCGUUGUAUGCCACCGAACGAAGAAAAGCACCAAAAUUCACCGCAAAGUAGUCCAUCAUCGAAAUUUGGCACUAACUGUAAAUUACACGAGGCUGAAAUAACAUGGAAUUUUAAAUAGAUUUAAGCAAAAAAAAAGGAAAGAAAAAGACAAACGACAAAAAAUCAAAAUUAAAUUUUUUCUAUCAAGACUAUUAAAAAUGUCAUCGCAAGUAAUUAUUAAGAUGAAAAACUUAUGUCAUUCCAAGAAGAAUUAUUUUUAGUAAUGAUUUUUUUUUAAAUAAUUGUUUUAAUAAAACAAAACAGAUUGGUCAACCAUAUAUACUAAAAACAAAUCCAAAACCCAAAAUUGUUUUAAUUUUUUUUUAUUUAAUUUAUUCGAUUUUGAAACAAAAACAAUUUUCUUUCCAUUUUUCGUAAUAAAAAUAGCAUAUUAAUUACAGGCUUACAUGAUAAUAAUAAUUUAAAAAUUCAAUGUUA